CUCAGAUCGGUUAGGACUCGGGAGCUGUGCGUAGCUUUCAAGCACAACUAGUACUGGAGCUCCGUUUCGUCUCUCUCCGUCUCACACCAUCAUCAUCAAUGGCCGAACCCAAAGUCAAAUACGACCGUCAGCUCAGAAUCUGGGGCGAGCAAGGCCAAGCAGCGCUGGAGAAAGCCAGCGUCUGCUUACUCAACUGCGGCCCCACCGGCUCCGAAACCCUCAAGAACCUCGUUCUCGGCGGCGUCGGAAGCAUCACCGUCAUUGAUGGAUCCAAAGUCGAGCCCGGCGACCUCGGCAACAAUUUCAUGGUUGAUGAAUCGUGCGUGGGGCAAUCCAAGGCGAAAUGUGUGUGUCAGUUUCUUCAGGAGCUGAAUGAUGCUGUUAAGGCUAAGUUUAUUGAGGAGCAACCUGAGGCUUUGAUUCAGGCCAAUCCUUCCUUCUUUUCGCAGUUCACUUUGGUUGUAGCUACUCAGCUGGUGGAAGAUUCAAUGGUAAAGCUCGACAGAAUAUGCAGGGAUUCAAAUGUGCAACUGAUAUUUGCGCGCUCUUAUGGCCUCACUGGGCUUGUCCGCAUCAGUUUGAAGGAACAUACAGUGAUCGAGUCCAAGCCUGAACAUUUUCUGGAUGACCUUCGGUUGAAUAAUCCAUGGCCUGAGCUAAGAGGGUUUGCAGAAACUAUCGAUCUAGAUGUGUCAGAUCCUGUUGCCCACAAACACACGCCAUAUGUCGUCAUUCUUGUCAAGAUGGCACAGGAGUGGGCCAAGAAUCACGAAGGUGGACUUCCAACAACCAGGGAAGAGAAAAAAGAGUUCAAGGAGCUUAUCAAAGCCAGGAUGACUGCAAUUGAUGAAGAAAACUACACAGAAGCCAAUGAGAACUCCUUUAAAGUCUUUACCGCUCGAGGAAUCAGUUCGGAGCUGCAACAGAUAAUUAGUGACGGCCAUUCUGAAAUUGAUUCCAGUUCAGCUGACUUUUGGGUUAUGGUAGCGGCAUUGAAGGAAUUCCUAGCAAAUGAAGGUGGUGGUGAGGCACCCCUUGAGGGAUCAAUACCAGAUAUGACAUCUUCAACUGAGCACUAUAUAGCCUUACAGAAAAUCUACCAAGCCAAGGCUGAGGCUGAUUUUCUAGUUAUUGACCAAAGGGUUAGGACUCUUCUAAAGAAAAUAGGCAGAGAUCCCAGUAGCAUCUCAAAGGCAACUAUUAAAAGUUUCUGCAAGAAUGCAAGGAAACUCAAAGUUUGCCGGUACCGCCCCAUUGAAGAUGAGUUCAGUUCUCCACCCCAAUCAGACUUACAAAAGUAUCUAACAGAUGAGGAUUACAGUGUAGCUGGUGGCUUUUACAUUUUGCUUAGAGCUGUUGACCGGUUUGCUGCUAAUUACAACAAUUUCCCCGGGCAAUUUGAUGGUGUGAUGGAUGAGGACAUAUCUAGAUUGAAGACAACAGCUGUUGGCCUUCUUAAUGAUUUGGGUUGCAGUGGCGUAACAUUGACAGAAGACCUUAUCAAUGAGAUGUGCCGAUUUGGUGCUGCAGAACUUCAUGCAGUUGCUGCUUUCGUUGGAGGAAUAGCAUCUCAGGAAGUGAUUAAGCUUAUAACAAGACAAUUUGUACCCUUGUCUGGGACUUUCAUCUUCAAUGGCAUCGACCACAAGUCUCAGUUGUUGGUACUGUAGCAAGUUUGUGAAGUCAAACUUGGGUAUAAAAUGACAAUUACCUUGAUGCUGGGGAGCAGACAUUUUGUCCCGACUGCUUUCUUACAUAUUUUGAAUGGAGGCACGAUUUGAUAUUAUGCCACAUUCGUCAUUAUCCUGAAUGGAACAGGAGUAUAUACAAGGAAACAUGUAACGAAAAAAAGAGACGGAAGUAGCUCGUUGUAGACAUUUAAGUUAAUGGAACUAAUCACUUCAAUCUUCCAUCUUCCAUUCCUAUUUAUAGGACAGAUGGUUUUGUAGUUAGAUACUUGAACAUGAACUUGGUAUUUUUCUCGCCAUGUUUUGAGGAGUUUGAGUACAUUAGCCCGCAAGGUCACACAAUUUGUGAUAUAUCGAUGGCUGCCAUUGUUGGAUCUUCUGUUG